AUGGCAUCACUCCCCAACACCCUAUCAUUCUCGUCCUCUCUCUCCACAACCGCCACUCUCCUCCCAUGUCGACGCUUCACCGCAUUCCCCCGCCGCCACUUCUCCAUCCAAGCCAAGAUCCGGGAAAUCUUCAUGCCCGCCCUCAGCUCCACCAUGACCGAAGGCAAAAUUGUCUCCUGGAUCAAAUCCGAGGGCGACAAGCUCUCCAAGGGAGACAGUGUCGUCGUCGUCGAAUCCGAUAAGGCCGACAUGGACGUCGAGACCUUCUACGACGGCAUCCUCGCCGCCAUAGUCGUCGCCGAUGGUGAAACCGCCCCCGUCGGAGCCCCCAUUGGCCUUCUCGUCGAUUCUCCCGAAGAAGUCGCCGAAGCUAAAGCCAAAGCCGCCAAAUCUGCUCCUUCUCCUGCCGCUCCAGCAGCUGCUCCAGCCGCCACCCCAGCUGCCGCUGCACCGGCUACUCCUCCACCACCUCCUCCUCCGGAAAAAUCAGCUUCCGAUGGGCCAAGGAAGACCGUGGCCACGCCUCAGGCUAAGAAGCUCGCGAAGCAGCACAAGGUGGACAUUGCGACGGUGGUCGGAACCGGUCCGUUUGGUCGGAUUACUCCGGCGGAUGUGGAGGCUGCUGCCGGAAUCGCUCCGUCGAAGAGCACGGUGAGUCCUACUCCGGCGGCGCCAUCUCCUGCACCGAAAUAUGCUGCUGGUUCUGCUGCACCAGCUCCGAUUCCGGGUUCGAGUGUCGUUCCUUUCACUACGAUGCAAUCUGCGGUGGCGAAGAACAUGGUGGAGAGUCUCUCCGUGCCUACGUUCAGGGUUGGGUACCCAGUGACUACAGAUGCAUUGGAUGCUCUUUAUGAGAAGGUGAAACCGAAGGGUGUGACUAUGACGGUUAUUUUGGCUAAGGCUGCUGCAAUGGCACUGGUUCAGCACCCUGUUGUCAAUGCCACCUGCAAAGACGGGAAGAAUUUCGUGUAUAACAGUAACAUUAACGUUGCUGUUGCUGUGGCGAUUGAUGGUGGUUUGAUCACUCCUGUUCUCCAGGAUGCAGAUAAGUUGGACUUGUAUCUGCUGUCCCAAAAAUGGAAGGAGCUCGUGGAAAAAGCUCGCGCAAAGCAAUUGCAACCUCAUGAGUAUAAUUCAGGAACUUUCACACUUUCCAAUUUGGGUAUGUUUGGAGUUGACAGGUUUGAUGCCAUACUUCCACCAGGCCAGGGUGCUAUCAUGGCUGUUGGAGCAUCUAAGCCUACUGUUCUGGCUGAUAAAGAUGGAUUCUUCAGCGUGAAGAAUAAAAUGCUGGUGAAUGUAACUGCUGAUCAUCGGAUAAUUUAUGGGGCUGACUUGGCUGCCUUCCUCCAGACAUUCUCAAAAAUCAUUGAAAACCCAGAAAGCCUCACAUUGUAG